GCGCCAUUUUUUGCCAAAUUAUAUAGGUGAUGUACAGUUGGAAGCCAUCGAAUAAUUGUAUCUUUGCUUGAAGCGUCAAGGACGGGUUCGUUUAUUCACCCGAUGCUACCGCCGUGCUCCGGAGAUGUCUGCGGAAAUGCUCAGCACCACUACUAGCAAGUUGAAUGUAUUGGUGACCAAACUCCAUGAGUACUUGGCUCGUUCUUCAAUUGAAGAUGACAAGCGCACAUUAGCUUCUGAAGGUCUGACAAACAAUGAUUGUGCUGUGGCAAAACCAACAGGACGAAUUAGCAGCCAGGUAGGAAUCUCCACGGAUAUUACAAAAUAUUCUGGCUCAAAGAGGAAACCUUCCGUGGUUAUAAAACACUCUGGGCUGGAUGAAUCUGGAGACUCCAAUGAGAGUGAUGGUGACUAUGAUGUACCCAUCAAUUCAAAUGGUCAUCUUGAUUUAACACGAUUGCCAAAAGGUACUGUGUUGGUGAGGCCUGAGCCAGUGGACAAUAUAAGAGAUGACUUCAGAGGUCCAGAGUUUCACAGUCGGAAAUCUGGUGUGCUUAGGAAAGACUUUCCAAAGAGACGACGAGGAGUUGAACAUCUGGAAAUUGUAAGUUGCACAGCAUGUGGUCGACAAGUUAACCACUUCCAGAGAGAUUCUUUUUAUCGGCAUCCAGUUCUCAAAGUACUUAUAUGCAAGUCUUGCUACAAGUAUUACUCAAGUGAUGACAUCAGUAAGGAUGGAGAUGGAAUGGAUGAACAAUGCAGAUGGUGUGCUGAAGGGGGCAACUUGAUCUGUUGUGACUUCUGUAGUAAUGCCUUUUGUAAGAAGUGCAUUUUGAGAAAUCUGGGUAGGAAGCAGCUGUCUGGUAUUUUGGAGAGUAAAUGGUACUGUUACGUCUGCUGCCCGGAGCCCCUUUUGGACCUAGUUGUGGCCUGUGACAAUGUCCUUGACAACUUGGAACGUCUGUGUAAUCAGCAUCGCAGGAAAAGCCGUGUAGAGCCAGAGAAAGCUGAACUUUUUGAAAUUUUUCCAAGGUUGCCCGAAAACAUUCACCUGGACAAGUGGGACCACAGUGGCAUGGAUGGUAAUGUUGUUUUUAACUACAGCACACUGCAGAUUCCAAAGGAUCUCACCAAAAAGAUCAAGCAUUUAAUAGACUCAACAAACAUUUUAAACAGAGAAUUUGUUAAGUUCAUUCAAAGAGUGACAAAGGACAAACAACCAAGUGGUGUUCGACUUCUCUACCUGAGGUCGUUCCUGUUAGUACUGAAAAGUUUGAGGAAAUCUCAUACUGCCCUUGAGGAAAGCCUUAAGGAGGAGUUUAAUGAUUUUGACCAUUUGAGCUAUUGGGAAAACUUGCUUAGUGAUGAUUUUGAUGUAGGACAUCAUGAAAAAGAAUGGGACACAGAGCUGGAUAUCUCUGAUGAACAGUGCUUGAAUGAUUUGCAGAAGUUGGCUGCUGAACAUUUAGAAGAGGAUGAUUCAGACUCGAAGGGCAUGACAGAUGAUGUAAAUGCUUCUCUUUCCCGUGGGAAAAGUACCCAUUAUUGCCCCAGUGAGGCCACAGUGUCAACUUCACAUCGCCUCAGAGGAAGACCCAAAAAACCUGUACUGAGACCCUCUGAAAGUUUGGUCAAUGUGACUAAACAACUGGUGGUGAAACUUACACCUGUGCCUGUGGAACAAGAGUCACCCCCCAGUGCUCCAGCCAUGCCAGUAUGCAUGGAAUUAGAAGAAAAUAUCAAAAUAGAGGAUGGAGAGAAAGAGGUUAUGUGCAUUAAAGAUGAAAGAGAGAGGAAGAGUGAAAUCCCCAUUGAAGUGAGCGAAUUUUUACACCUGGACAAGGAACCUGACAAUAGACAAUGUCCUCGAGUGAAAACCACACCUUUGCGCCGGCCAAAUGACAUCAAUACCAAACCUUCCUUUUCAGCAGCUGACAGUGAUAGUGACUUGGAUUCUGAGGUAAGAUCUACCAGAGUACCAGUCAGCGGGGUCGAAAAUCGAGGGCUUAAUAUACCAGGAAGAGAGGACUCUGACUCUGAUGAAGUCCCUACAGCUCUGCUCCAGCGAGCAGCUAUGACACGCAGUUCUGACGAGGUCCAGAGUGAUGAGGAAGGAAAGCUGUCAACUCAAGUGACAAAGAAGUGCCUGUUUUGGUUAAAUAAGAAUGCCCCUCUCUCACCGGAAAGGGGUUUCCGCAAACGUAAGGCUGCAGACAGUUCCUCUGAAUCUGACCCCAUGGGGGGCAGAAGAGUGAAACCUCGCCAAGAAAGUGACUUAGAUUCAUCAAGUGAUGAACAAGAACCGCAAAGGGAGAUAAAGCCCUUGAACACACUCAGGGCAAUGUGUAAGCCUCGCAUUACCAAAAGGGAAGAUGAAGGUACCACUGGAAAGAUGGAUGGGAAGUCUGAGUAUGAAGUUAUAUCUCAGAAGAAAGCAAUGGAGACCUCAACCUCAUCAAGCGAAGAGGAACACGAUGAGGAUUCAGACUCUGGGAGUGACAAAGAUGUUCAGAAGAUGAAGCCAAUUACAGAGGAUGUGUCCUUAUUGGCUGCAGCGGCCUUCCAUCAGUCAUCUGGGGAUGAAGAGCAGUCCCGGUCUGGGCCCUCUUGGGCAGCAGAGGAAGAUGAUGACCCAGAAAAUAGAAUCGCCAAGAAAAUGCUCUUGGCUCAAAUCAAAGCCAACUACUCCUCGGGGGAAGAUAUCUCUCCAUCAGACGAGGAAGCAUUUGAAGAAGAAUCUGAGUCAGAGGGUGACAUGGAGGUUAAAGAAGGGAGAGUGGCUGAUGGCACAGAUGAAAAUGAAUCAGCCAUGGCAUCAGAAUCAUCUGAAACCAUUUCUGAUGGGCCCAUUUCCAGGCACCACCUCCUCCGCCACAAACUAAGCCUCGAUGAAAAUACAUCAAGUGAUAAAACUGCUACAGAAGGGGAUGGAACAGAGAAAAGGCACAAAAUAAAAGUCAGGAGCAAGGACUUUUCUGAAAGUGAAACUUCUGAUGACAGCCAGUCAGAGCUAGAAGAGCCUGGUUUAAGCGAGGAGCUCAGUCAGUCAGAAGAUGAGGCCAGUGAAAAGAAAUCCAAAAGGUUAACCACCAAAGAUGAAAAGGAAGGAGCCUGUAGUUAUCUGCAGAAAAAUUUGCCUCCAUGUAUUGUGUUGUCUGAUUCUAGCAAUUUAAAGAGUGAUGAAGAGAAUGGGGAGGAUGAGAAUGUGGACCUUAAAGGCACACCAAAAAGGCGGAAGAAGAUCCGCAAGAUCAUUGACAACAAGGAACUCUGCACUGAGUCUCAGAACGCUCUGAAGGAAGAGAAGGAGAGAUGCCAGCGCUUGGCAGAUCGAGAGCAACAGAGAGAGGACCUGAGAGAGGUCAUCGUUAUUGAGGAUAAGUUGACUCAAAUUCCGUGUCCCAUCACCACAAAAUUGGUCCUGGAUCAGGAUGAGGUCACCAAGGAGCCCCUUGUCCAGGUGCACCGGAACCUGGUCACAAAGCUAAAACCUCACCAGGUGGACGGUGUUCAAUUCAUGUGGGACUGCUGUUGUGAGUCUGUGAAGAAGGCCAAUUCAAGUCCAGGAUCAGGCUGUAUACUGGCACACUGCAUGGGCUUGGGGAAGACUCUGCAGGUGAUAGCGUUCCUUCACACAAUGCUGCAAUCCAAGAACCUAAGGUUCAAAACUGCCCUGGUGGUAUGUCCACUCAACACCAUACUCAACUGGGUCAGCGAGUUCAAGAAAUGGCAAGAUAACAUGAGAGAGGAUACAGUCAAGGUUACAGAACUCGUCACAGUGAAGCAGCCUGUUGCACGCCUCAGAGCCCUGCAGAAGUGGCAGAAGGAUGGAGGUGUUAUGAUAAUGGGAUAUGAAAUGUACCGCAACCUCUCACUAAGCCACAAAAUCACCUAUGAGCGCUUUAAAAUAAUGUUUCAGAGUGCACUGGUCAAUCCAGGUCCAGACUUUGUGAUUUGUGAUGAGGGGCAUGUCCUCAAGAAUGAAGCAUCCAAUAUCUCAAAAGCCAUGAAUGCCAUCAAGACCCUAAGGAGAGUAGUGCUAACUGGAACACCACUGCAAAACAAUCUAGUUGAGUAUCAUUGCAUGGUCAAUUUCAUCAAGAAGAACCUACUGGGCUCACUGAAGGAAUUCCGAAACCGUUUCAUCAACCCCAUACAGAACGGCCAGUGUGCUGAUUCCACCCCCAGAGAUGUCCGGAUCAUGAAGAACCGUUCCCAUGUCCUUCACGGAUUUUUGGCUGGAUGUGUUCAGAGAAGAGACUACUCAGAACUGACUCAGUUCCUACCCCCCAAACAUGAGUAUGUGCUCGCGGUUAGGAUGAGUUCUCUUCAGUGUAAGCUGUACCGCCACUACCUUGACCACUUCACUGGUGCAAAUUCCUUGGCUGAUGGAGCCAGGGUCAAAGCUGGAACAUCGCUUUUCAAGGACUUCCAGAUACUCAGUCGAAUUUGGACUCAUCCCUGGUGUCUGCAGCUCAACUACAUCAGCAAAGAAAACAAGGGAUAUUUUGAGGGGAAGAAACAGGUUAAAGCUGCUGCACUUUUAGUUAAUGAAGACACUAUUGGAACUGAGAGUGGAAAAGCAAACAAGAUGAAUGUAGUUGCGCAUGAUGGAAAAAAGGUCAUGGCUUGUGACAACUUAUCAAAGUGUACCAGUAAGGCUGGUGACCAACAAAGCAUUCCAGUAGUAGAAGCAGGGAAGACUGCCACCAAUGCAAGACCUGAUACCCCAUCUGAAGACUGGUAUAAAAACUUGUUGUCUGAAACUGAUGCCAAGGUCUUGGCGCACUCGGGGAAGAUGGUGCUUUUGUUUGAGAUUCUGAGAAUGGCUGAGGAGUUGGAGAACAAAGUGCUUGUGUUCAGUCAGUCUUUGAUAUCACUAGACUUAAUCGAAGAUUUCUUGGAAUAUGCUCACCAGAAACGAAUAAGCAGUAACUUAUCCCCAUACAAAGGCACUGGCAGCUGGAUUAAAAACACUGAUUACUAUCGCCUCGAUGGGGCCACCAAUGCCAUUUUAAGGAAAAAAUGGGCAGCAGAGUUCAAUGAUGCUACUAAUGUCCGUGGCCGGUUGUUUCUCAUAUCGACGAGAGCCGGGGCACUGGGCAUCAACCUUGUGGCAGCCAACCGGGUCAUUAUCUUUGACGCCUCCUGGAAUCCCUGCUAUGACAUGCAGAGCAUCUUCAGAGUGUACCGCUUUGGUCAAGGGAAGCAUGUGUUUGUGUACCGCCUCUUGGCUCAGGGCACAAUGGAGGAGAAGAUCUAUGAUCGUCAGGUAGCAAAGCAAUCUCUGUCCUUCCGGGUAGUGGAUCAACAACAGAUAGAGAGGCACUUCACCCAGUCCGACCUGACCGAACUGUACAUGUUUGAGCCAGAGCUGCUAGAUGACCCAAAGUCCAAGAGAAGCAAGAAGACCCCCUCUUUGUUACCCAAGGAUUUUAUCCUGACUCACCUCCUGCAAAGCUGUAAGGAACAUAUAGUGCGCUACCAUGAGCAUGAGUCUCUCCUGGAUCAUAAGGAGGAGGAGGAGCUGAGUGAGGCUGAACGCAAAGCUGCCUGGGCGGAGUAUGAAGCAGAAGGUGCACUGUUGUCAAACAAGCAAUUAAACCCCCCUGACCUCACGGCACAUUACUUUCACCUGAGCCCAAGUGCAAUGACAGAGAUGACCAAUGAAGAACUAAUGAAGCUGCUGAAUCAGGGUCGAACAAAUGUAAGGAGAGCCACUCUCUCACUGCAGUCCUUUAGGACUCUGAGCCUUCCAGACCUCGUGUUAACAGUGAGGCAAGCGAACCCACAAAUGUCUGAGGCCGAGGUUAGGAUCAAGGCUGAGAUUAAGAAGCUGUCAGAUGAAAAGGAGCUGGGACGUAGGCAAGCCAUUUAUCAAGAUAUUCUUGGAAAACAACAAUCUCUGGCACUGUGCGUCCAGGCCAUAAUGACGAAUCGAAGACAACAAGCGGUACAGAUGGCUGUAACCAAUGUGCAGCCAGUGCUGAUUGACUUGACUACAAAUGCCAUGUUCUAGCUGAAAAAGAUACACAUGCAUUUGGCCUUAAUUUUCAGUUUGGAUUACGCUCAGAAUAAGAACAAAGAAGGUUCAUAAGUUUACCACUGGCAGCAGAAAUUAAGCAAUUUGGCUAAAAUUGAUUUUUAUUCUGCUGUUGUUUUCAGUGUCCAGUGUUUUGUUAAACUUAAUGUACAGCAGAAAUUACAACGAAGCCAAAAGGGACAAUAACAUAUUGUGCUGUGAUGUAACACUACGCCAUUACUGGAUUGGAUUGAAAUUUACACAGUGACCACAAAUGCUAAAUUACACUGACAAUAUUGUUUUGGGGUACGUUAUGUUAUUCUGAUUGAAAAGUAAAAGCACCUUUAGUAUGAAUGUUUUGUAUAGCCAAAAAGUAACCUUAAGUAUGUGAUGCAUUGUCAGACCACUUCAGUCCUCUUCAAAAGUAUCUCUGCAUUUCAUUGUCUCAGGGAUUCAGUUGUGUGGCUCUGAAUUACAGUACAUUACAAACUGACCCAUGAAUCUGCUAGUCAAGAUAUUAAUUUCUUUCAGUUCUGUAUGCCGACUUCUGGCAGAUUUGGUUAGGAAUUCAUAUGCACUGAUGGUUCAUUUGUUCAGUUAUGGCUGAGAGUUAAGAAUUUAUUUAUAGAUUUUGGCUUAAAAUACACUCACAGCAGACAUUGUACGUUAACUCUUGUCGUUAUAAUUUCAUGUCAGAAAUAAUUACAACCAACAAAGCCAAACAACAAUGCGCUGCUGUCCAAACAGAGAGAUGCUUAUUUGUUUGAUGUUUGUUUGCUGUCUGUUUGAACAGUAGCGCAUUGCAUUUAACAUUAAAAUGUGUUGCAUUUGAAUGACAAUGAUUUGAUUCUUGUUUUAUUGGUGCAGUCUUUUUCAUGUUUAAAUAAACAGUUGGAA